UCUUCCCAACAACAACUAGUUUUUUCGCUGCUGCUGCUUUGCUAAAAUAAAUUCGCAAUUUUCGCUUCCUUCUUCUUUAAUUAAAAGAUUAAUUAACUACUAUUAAAUAAUUUCAUAUCGAAAAUCCUAUUUAAAGUUAGUAAAAAAUGUAUAACGAUCCGGAAUCCGGCGGCAGUGAUUCUGGGAUAUCUGCGAAACCGAAUGGGCGCACCAUUACCCCCCAAAUCGUGCCCCCUGCGCCCCUCAUCGUAUCCUGGAAUCGGACCAAUUCUUCCUCCGAACCCGACCCGGCCCCCCCGGCGCAACCCGGGUUUAAAUGUCGGUGUAAAAGGUGCCUGAAAAAUGUCGUUCUUCCCCCCGCCACGCCGCCCGAUGGGGAAGGCGACCUCCUCAAAUUGCUCACCAUUUGCGAAAAGUUGUACCUAAAUUGUGCCAGUGAGGGGGCAUACUUGCAAAUUUAUAGUGGGGAUGAGUCCUCCCCGAGUAACGUGGUUGUGACGGUGCAACGCAUCUCAGGAAUGGGGGGAGAUUCCUCGCUGAUUUUUAUCGACCCGUGUGACCGCAUUAUUUUGAAGUCGGGACGGGAUGGAAAGGUAACCACUUUACGAAUGGGCACUAUAACUCUGGGCACCCUGAACGGCGCUCCAGGAGACUUGUGCUCAUUCCAGAGGAACUUUUCCAUCACGAUGUUCCCGAAAUCGGCGGACGUGGAACGGAAAUGGAAACUUAAGGCGGUCGGCUGCUGUACAAAACUGUGUUGCUGCUCAUUCUUCAAUGCAUUUUAUUUGGACGAGUUCGUCAUCCAGGCUUUCGACGAGGAAGGCGGUGUUACCGAGUUGGGCUGGAUAAGACGCGGUGAAGGGAAAAAUGACAGCCCGACGGUUCACUUUUCACCCGCUAUUCGAGACACUGUGGACGUCAAGGGGGUCAUUUUGGCCGCGUCGGUUACCGUGUACGAACUCUUCUUGGAGCCCCAUUUUGGAUACGGGAUUGGAACCGUGGGAAACUUUUAUGUCGUCGUGCUCGGCCUACUUUCCACUUUUGUGGGAGCCUUGUUCUGCCUCUACCAAUAUCAAGAGGGCGUGUGGACCAUUUAGAAUUAAUUAUCAACGUUGGGACUUGCGCUGCUUCGUGUUUCUCGUGAACUUAUAAACUUGAAAGUUGAUGAUGGUUGUUAAAAUAACAACGUGACGCAAUAUUUACAACCAAAGAAACGAGUUAUGCAAAAAAUCGAAAAACACAUCAACACUCUUAAAAAUAAUAUACCCUUUUUGAAAAACAAAUGCACUCUGAAUUCUAAAUUAAGUUAACUAUAUUAAAUCCAGAGUAAACUUGACCCUGGAUUUAGUAUACUUUACUUAACAUACAAUUUUGAGUGCAUUUAUUUAAUUCUCAAAAGGGUAACAUUAUUUUUAAGAGUGUACCCACGCAAGCUCUCUAUUACAUACUUUAUCACUCAACGUAGCGUAUCAGCAAUUGCUGUGUUAUCAGAAAAGACAAAUUUGCCCUUAUCCAUGUCGUAUUACCUGCAUAUUUACUUGAAACAUACUCAUCAUCUACAUAUUUACUAUGUAGCUAUUUAGAUAUUUAGCACACUGUAAAUAAUGUGGUGACAAAAUACGCACAAUUUUAAGAAUUUAUGUAAAUGAAUGUCCAACACCGAUGAAAAAAAUUUCAGGAAGAAAGGAUACAUAUUACCAUUUGGUAACAAGCUAUGUACUAUCAAUUCAGUGGAGCUGAAUAAAUACAGUAAUAAAUUUGUAACCACAAUAUUUACAGUGUAGAAAAUUACAUGUGCAUGAACUCAAAGUAAUAAACAUGAUAAUAAAUUUGAAAUUUAUGUAGGGAACAAAAAGUUUAAGGAGAUUUAGAAUU